UUGGUUUGGUUUUAUUCACGAUUUAAAAAAUAUAUAAAUAUAAACAAAAUAAACAUUGCAUAUGAUCAAAUAAUUAUAUACAAUAUAACAAUGUAACAAUAAUCAAACUUAACAAUGCAUGUAAUACAAAAUUAUGUAUCGCAGGGAUAGACCCGAUUUAGAUUGGCUAUAAAUAACCAACCUUUUCUUCCCCGGGGUGUGUGCUUAUUCCGAAAGUUCGUUAUUCCGAAACAGGCAAUAUACCAAGAGGUUCGCGAUCCCGGGAAUAAAAAAAAAAGAAUAAAAGUGUUUGAAAAUCCGAACACUUUUGAGGCAUUCACUGGUGUACAGAUGGGGGCCUUUGGGGCCAUUGCCCCCCCCCCCAAAAAAAAAAAAGUAAAGUAAACUGGGUAAAAAAGGAUGUUAUCUUCUCAAUAUUAUGUAAAAAUAUGUCAUAAGACUGUUUUGGGAAGGUAAAUAUAAUUCUCGCUUCUAACUCGCUUUUGGGCUAACCUUUUGCGCGCUGAUGUUGCAAUCUAAUUGCACACUCGUACAAUUAUAUUCAACGAUCGUAAUAAUUAGUUUUCUCCCCUACCUUCAAAUUAGAUAGGCUAAUUGGUAUUGGUAUUCAUUUUCCAUAUCACAACAUUAAAAAAAAACAAUACAAGGUAAAUGUAUGUACAUAAUAAAUAUAAUAGGUAUAGUGAAAUGGCUGGAUAAGCCCACUCAGCUUUGGUAGUAUAACAACGCUGUUCUUUCCUGGGAUCCAUGCAGAGCAUAAAAGGCACUAGUUCUUGGAUAAUAUCUAUAUAAUAAUACCAAGUGUCAAUGGUGCAAUAUGGAAAUCUUGAAUUCAAGAAAAGAAAAUGGAAACAAUUGUAUUAUUAUCCCCCCACAAAAAAAAUGCAAACUUCGGAAGAGCAAACAUUCGAAAUAACGAACAUUUGGAGCAACGAUCGAGUUGUAAAAAGUCAAUUUCUAUUGUCAUAUCUUUAUAACUUCGUAGAAGUUGACUUGCAAAGAAACUUUAAGCCAAUACAUGUCGACAUUUAAGAUUUCAUUAGUCGACUUUGCAAUAUGUCGCCGUGUCAUUUACCUUUUAAGAUGGCGACUUUGUAGUAAAGACGAUUUACAUCGCCAGGUAGUUUUUGUAAGUCGACUUGGCAAGAUAUCUUUUUUAGAAAAACUUAAAAGUCGACUUGUCAAUACAUAUUAUGUCGGAAUUUCACCUUACAAAGUAGAAGAAGUCGACAUGAUAUGCAACAUUAAUUGACUUAUUAAGCUUUAAAGGUUUUAUUAAAAUAUCCGCAUAUCUCAGCGGAUUAGGCUGAAUUAUAUUGGAUUUACAAAGUAUAACAAUGAUAGAAUGAUAUAGCAAAUCAAACCAUACAAAUUUACUAUUUACAAAUAAAUAGACAAACACAUUGGGUAACCUGGCAGAUUAAGGAAAAGAUGACCAGAGUAUAAAGAAGAGGGGGAAAGAAGAUUCAAUAGAUAGGGGAUGAGGUAGAUGAGGAAGGGCGGGGGAAGAUAUACGAAUGACAGAAUAGAGGGGUAGGCGAGUAGUAAUACACAGCAGAUAAAAUACUGAUUUAAAACAAGGAGAAAACCGAAGAGCGGGGAACAUAGCUCGUUGAAUUUUAAAGAAAUGUGAUACGGUAAUGAUUAUAUAAAUUAAAUUGGCAAUGUUCUCGAAACUAAAGACAAUUAUACGGGUCUAUAAUGUUGACAAGAAAUGUCAAAGUAUAAGCAGGUGAAGUACAAGAUCUUGACAGUAAAUAUGAUAAUAUAAACAUUUAUACUAGGAAUCAUGAUGAUAAUUAUAUAUGACAAUAUAAACAUACUACGAAUCAAACGACUUUGGCCAAUAUUUUUUUUAAGCAUCAAUCGGUAAAUGUUCUAGGAUUAUUAUUUUUUUAGCGUUCUUCUCCUUUCUUUUAACACAGUCAUGGACCUUUUCAACGCCACCAUUUCGGCAACCAUGAUAACUGAAGAAGAGGAGGCUGAAGAGAUGCAGACUGCUCUAACCAACCCUGUGCAAAUGGGAACUUCACGAAUGCAGCAAAUAAACGCCGUAAUUACGAUCGGUAUUUCCCUGGCGAGCAGUAUCCUAUCCCUCAUCUUAAACACCCUGAACAUCAUGGUCGCCACAAACAAGCACUUCAAUCUCCCCGUUAGUAACUGCGUCGGCAUCGUGUCAAUGUCUUUGGCAGAUAUGAUCAUCGGUUUAGCCACAAUAGUACGUUUUUCUUUCAGUUUCUGGCAGCGGAUCAUCUGCCGGGUACACCUGGUAUUCUCGGUUACGGGUGUCCGGGUAUCCGUCGUCUCCUUAAUCCUCAUCAUUGUCGAUCGCUACGUGGCCAUCAUCCAUCCGUUCAGGCACCAGCGUUACGCAACGAAGAAGUUCUGCAUCGUGCUCGUAGUCGUGAUGUGGAUUCUGACAGCAUUUGCCAACAUCCUCGAAAAUGCUACCGGUAGCUACUUUUACGACCCUAAUCGGCGUAUAUGCGAUGUUCAGCUCUCGUUAACGCGUCUUCUCGUGUCGACUAUAUUAGUCUACUUCGUACCGUUGUCAACUAUGCUUGUCAUCUACAUGCAUCUCCUCGUUGUUGUCCGACAGUUGAUCCUCGACAUGAACCGAAUUCAUCCGGUCAGAGACUAUUCGGUCUCCAACCGGGUUACGGCUAGCACUAAUUUCUCCAACUUUACGCUCCCUGAAGCUUCGAUCCCAGGACCAAGUACGAAUCGCGAGAUGCAAGGAGGUGACAUCGUCAAUGCCUCACAACAGAAUGACCACACCGGGCAGUUCAAGCUUAUCCUGACCUUCUUCGCAGUCACCGCAGCCUUCACCGUAACCACGGUCCCCAACAGAAUUGUGCGUCUUAUGGCUAUCUUCAAAGGACCUCUCUCGGUAUCCCCUGGGUUAACCCUUUUUUGUAGAAUCCUUGUCAUCAGCGGUAGUUGGCUGAAUUUUUUCAUCUUUUCGGUCAUGAACCACAACUUCCGGUUAACACUAAAACACAUUUUUAGACGUAGGUGCGCUGGACAUUGCCACUGCUAAAACCAGGACCCAAUGUCAUAUUAGCGUACUUUCGCAUUCACUGCGCAGACGCUUUCUACAAUGCAUCAAUUCCUUUGAAAAUACAAGUGGACUGGG